AUGCUAUACGAAGUUAGUACGCAUGUUGCAGGCGUCGUGCUGGGCGCGCUGGCUGGGCAUGGCGCGGCCUCAGGCCUGGCCAUCCUGGGGGGCAGCGCGCUGGGUGGGGUGGCCAACCCCCGCACCGUGCAGAUAGUGAGCGGCGUCCUGUUCCUGGGCUUUGCAGCCAGCACGGCCUUCGACAUUGCCACGGGGGCGCACGCCUCCAUCCUGUGA